AUGGCGGCAACAUCUACAACUCCCGAACUCGCGACCAUGCCCACCGAGAUUCUAUGCAUGAUCGGGGACAACCUUUCCGUUAAUGAGAUAAAGGACUGGACGCUCGUAUCAAAGCGUUUUCGCGAAAUACUUCUCCCUAAACUCUGCAAGCACCUCAAGUUUUCUGGUAACAUGAAGGAAAUGACAAACAGCCUCAACGCCUACCAUACUCGCAAGACAGCUCCAUUUCGUCAUCUGGUCCAUUGUCACGCGAGGCUUGUGACUUUUGAAGUUACAAGAUUUAACAACCUCCGCGAAAUGAAUGCUUGGCUUCAAGGCUAUGGAAUCAAGAGCAUACCCAUCGGGCGGUUUCUGGCAGAUACACCUGGUCUCCACGGCAUUGUUUUCAUUAUCUGGCUCGAAUUCGCACAAGAAACACGCAAAUUCCUCAACCUCAUUCGCAAGGGCCCAGACUGGGAAGGCCCAAAGCAUCUCUACUUAGAAAAAUACGGCGAAGAAUCGACAAUUGGCAAGAUAGUUGGAAAGUUCAAAGCAGGAACCCUAGAGGGAAUUGCUGUGCCUCCUAAUGUAGCUUACUCCGGCCGCCACUACAACGAACUCAGGCGUAACGGCUCCCAUCUCACUUCACUGCGCCUCAAUGCACAACCUGCCCGCAGAGUCGGCGAUUUGUCAGCUAUUACAAGUUUUAGAUUUACGCCUAUCAAGAGCAUCAGCGAAGGCUUUCCUCAGCUGGACUCAUUGAAUGUUUGCGAUGAUACUACACAUUCCGCUCUUUGGCCGCCUCACAUGAAUGACAGCGAUAAGCAUCGAUUGUGUCGAAGAAUCGAGGGAGUCGCUUCAUGCCUUCGAAAUAUGCGGCGGCUACGUCGGCUUGCAUUCACUCUCCAAGAAGCCCGAUUCAGUAAAAAUGCCAUUGAUGUCCUAAGAGCGGAACUUCUGGCCAUGGCUAUGAAGAAAGGCCUGCCGCCUGUCAACGCUCGUAGGCUUGAAGGCGUAUGCAGAUUGCUGGUUACCUAUUUUGCCGCCCAUGCGAAAGGGCUCGACGAGGUUUGCAUGGCAACUAAAUAUCCUAUAUUCUACCGAGCGACUCUCACAGACGGCUCGUGGAACAUUUCUGAAGAGUCUUCUGAGGAUCCCUCACAGAAGUACUUGUUCCCGAAGGUUUUGGGAAACUAA